AUGAUCUUUCGCAUUGAGCAUAUAUUACCCAGAACAAGUGAUACUUCGCCAUCUACUUCGGUCACGACGAUAAUUAACAGUGACACAACAACAAGAGAUCCAAACAUUUUAGUGCCAAUCAAAUCGACAAAGAAGGUGCAGCGAGCUGGAGUGCAUGUAGCACAAUUUACGCCAAAAAAUACAACAACACAAACCUUCCCAAGCGAAGUAAUAAUGGCAGUGAAUACUGCGCAAGACACUGACGCAGCACGUGCUUAUUGUGCUCUAGCGGAAAAUAGUAACACAUUAAACGUUACCGCCGAAAUUAUGCGUAAAAUUAAACUCUCCGAGGACAUACAUAGUUAUAAUGCUCUUUACGAGAUGGCACAAAAGGAUCAAAUGCAUUUGCGUAUAAUACGUGAGAUACCGAGAGAUGAAGAGAUUGUAGCCUGGUUUAGCGAAGAUAUUAUUUUAAUGAUGUCGAUACCGUUCUUAACGCCGAUCAACAUACAAGGUAACAAUCGCUAUACCUGUCAUUUAUGUCAUUUGACGUUUGAAACACCGAAUCCUUUGAAAAUUCAUUUGGCUCUGAAUUGUGGCCGUCACAAUAUUGAUAUAUUAUGGUUACGCUUGCAUUACGCUAUCAAGGCUGAACAAUAUAUGAAUUUGCAAACACCGCAACAACAACAACAAUUAUUCGCAGAGCGAUCAAUAUCAACUUCGAUCGCGAACUUAACAUCAACCAGCCUUGUGCCGCAAGUGUCACGUUUCUCUGCGUUUAAACCUAUAUCUUCGCUAUCGACAUCUAGCAAUAUUACGAUCCCAGUAUCGGCAAGCGAUGAAACUAUUGCAACAACAACGAAUUCAUCUAACAUUUCAUUUAUACCCACCAUGAGUAAUGCAGGUUUAUCGCAUGUGCAUCUUUUGCAGCCUAGCUCAACGAGUGCACUUAACGCUGCGGCUCAAAUCGAGGCAAUCGUCUCUAAUAUGGGCGCCUCGAAACAGGGUCAUCUUUGCAUAUACUGCGGCAAAGUAUAUUCACGAAAAUAUGGUCUCAAAAUACAUAUACGGACGCAUACCGGCUUCAAGCCAUUGAAAUGUAAAUUUUGUUUACGCCCCUUUGGCGACCCGAGCAAUCUAAACAAACAUGUGCGACUGCAUCUACAGUCGAGCGUUAGCAGUACGGCCACAAGCCCGUUAAAUGAAAGUCUAUAUCACUGUCAUUUGUGUAAUAAAACUGUAGCCCGCAGACGUGACCUGCAACGUCAUCUCGAAACGCGACAUGGUUCCAAUUCGAAUACCAAUCACAACGGGACUAACGAUACAGCAUCGAGUACCUAA